CGUCGGGCGAGCAGCACGCAGCACCUCCCUGCAGUCUAACUGCACGCACGACGGCAACACCGUGUAGGAAACUGAAAAUUCAGAAGGCAGGAAAGGCGUCGAAAUGUUACGAAGAAUUCCCGUGGUGUUGCUGAUCGUCGCGGUGGCGGUCAGAGGCCUACCAACGCUCGAGUCAACCCUCUGCCCGAUUGGGUCGGUCACUAAACAAGAGUUCCACUGCGCCAGUUGUCUACAGCCAUACUUGUGUGAUCCAUUAGGGGGACUAGUGGUGCUACCCAUAUGUCUUGAUGGCACAGUGUGUGAGGAAGUCUUUGAAGAACAGGCUACGUGCAUCCCAAUGGCAGAUGCCACGAAAUGUAUUUGCGACAGCGACAGGUGCGACGACUACAAUGAAUUAUACACCGACAAAUGCAACGCGGACGGUAUAGUCGACGUGGUUGACUGCGCCGGCAGCAUAAAAGGUGCUGGAGCAUGCCUGAGUGGGUACUGUGUUGACUGCACCUCUUAUGGUAUGCCUGACCCAGAAGUUAUGGUAAUACCACCCAAAUGUAACAUCGGAUACCAAUGUGACAAUGGGUUGGUUGGUAAAUCGGGAAAGGUUUGCGCUGCGGACGAGUACGUUUCAAAAGACUACAUCUGCGCCCCGGCUCCUCCCGAGCCCUGUUUCGCGGGGAAUCUAUGCACUGGGGUUUGUCCUGACCUGCUGAACUGCACCCAGUACUACUUCUGUGACCCAAAUGGGGGUGAACCAGGAGGACCUUAUGAUUGUGGUAAAGACUAUUUCUUCAACCCAGACACAAGAACAUGUGAGCAAGGAUAUCAAGGAGUUUGCGAUUUAUGGACUCAGUGCGAUUUUUCAAACCUAGUUCAUGUCACAACUACCGCAACAACGUCUGAUGUAACAACAGGUCUGCUAUUGGAAAACGAAUCAGUCAUUGAUGACGACUCGUGGUAAAUCCAUAGAUAGUUCUCACAAAUGUCAAAACUUGCGGAGCUAACUAUGAAACAAUGAUCCUGAUGGACGAAAUUACGAACUAACAUUUUAUAACUCAGGUUAUUGAAAUGUUAAUAAAUUGAAUUCAGAUACGACGGAAGUUAUUUAUCAAUAAUUGUUGGAAAUAAAAAGACUAUAAAAAUUGUGGUCACUUUAAUUCUCCAGAGCAAAACAAUCGAAAAUAUAAAUGAGUUAACCCUUUAUGAGGGUCAGUCCUAACUUAACCUAACAGAGAAGACGUCAGUCAAUACAAACUGCGCGUUGUAUCUACAAUACUUCAUCCUUGUACUUGUAUCCUCCCGAAUCUAAAUUAAAGCUUUAUAAGACCUUCUUUUCACCUGUUAAUAUUUUUUUCUACUGGUUUCGAGGAAUAAUGUUUUUUUUAAAGUUGUACCUGUAAGAAAAUGGCUCCUGGAAA